AUGAUUGGGAUACUGACGAGGAGAGUAGCAGCUUCAGCUUCUGCUUCAUGGAAAUCAUCACUGAGCGCAUUUCAAAUUGUACAAACAAGGAGGGAUUAUAGCCUUGGAGUUCUUCCCGAUGGAGCUGAUCGGAAUUCAGAGGCCUUCUCUCGCAACUCAAAGGCCAUGGACCUCUUAAUCUCCGACCUCCAAUCCCACAUCGAAAAGGUUCUUGGUGGAGGAGGACCUGUAGCUGUGAAGAGAAACAGGAGCAGAAAUAAACUUCUCCCCAGAGAACGCAUUGAUCGUCUGCUUGACCCUGGCGCUUCUUUCCUGGAGCUUUCUCAGCUUGCAGGCCAUGAACUAUAUGAAGAAUCCUUACCAUCUGCUGGGAUUAUUACUGGAAUAGGUCCGGUCCAUGGACGACUUUGUAUGUUUGUGGCUAAUGAUCCUACUGUUAAGGGGGGAACUUAUUAUCCCAUCACUGUUAAGAAACAUCUCAGGGCACAAGAGAUUGCCAAUCAAUGCAAAUUACCGUGUGUGUAUCUUGUUGAUAGUGGAGGUGCUUUCCUUCCCAAGCAGGCCGAGGUCUUUCCUGACAGGGAGAAUUUUGGUAGAAUUUUCUACAAUCAAGCUUUAAUGUCUGCCAAAGGCAUUCCUCAAAUUGCGCUGGUAUUAGGUUCCUGUACUGCUGGCGGUGCCUAUAUUCCUGCAAUGGCUGAUGAGAGUGUGAUGGUCAAAGGAAAUGGUACCAUAUUUCUAGCAGGACCCCCACUUGUGAAGGCUGCUACUGGAGAAGAAGUAUCUGCAGAAGAUUUGGGGGGUGCUAGCGUGCAUUGCAAGACGUCAGGAGUUUCAGACUAUUUUGCUCAAGAUGAACUCCAUGGACUUGCUCUUGGGAGGAAUAUUAUUAAAAACUUGCACAUGGCAGCGAGAGGCUUGAAAAGCGGGUUGCAGAGUAUAAGUUCUGAAUAUCAGGAACCAUUAUAUGAUGUAAAGGAACUUCGUUCCAUCGCACCAACCGACCAUAAGCAGCAGUUCGAUAUCCGAUCAGUUAUUGCUCGCAUUGUCGAUGGAAGCGAAUUUGAUGAAUUCAAGAAAUUGUAUGGCACUACUCUUGUAACAGGUUUUGGCAGAAUCUUUGGGCAGCCUGUGGGAAUUAUUGGGAACAACGGGAUAUUAUUUAAUGAGUCUGCUCUAAAGGGGGCCCAUUUCAUUGAAUUAUGUACUCAACGAAACAUUCCUUUGGUCUUCCUUCAGAACAUCACUGGAUUUAUGGUUGGCUCGAGAUCAGAGGCAAAUGGUAUAGCAAAAUCUGGAGCAAAAAUGGUGAUGGCGGUUUCUUGUGCCAAGGUUCCCAAGGUUACUAUCAUUGUUGGUGGAAGCUUUGGUGCUGGCAAUUAUGCAAUGUGUGGUCGUGCUUAUAGUCCUGAUUUCAUGUACCUUUGGCCGAAUGCCAGAAUAUCUGUGAUGGGUGGUGCUCAGGCUGCUGGUGUCCUUGCUCAAAUAGAAAGGGGCAACAAGAAAAAGCAAGGAAUUGAGUGGGACAAGGAAGAAGAGGAAAAAUUCAAGGCAAAGGUAGUGGAGGCAUAUGAGAGGGAAGGAAACUCCUAUUACUCCACGGCAAGGCUGUGGGAUGAUGGAAUUAUCGAUCCAGCCGACACGAGAAAAGUCAUAGGCCUCUCCAUCUCUGCUUCUAUGAACCGUGACCCAGAAGAAACCAAGUACGGUGUAUUCAGAAUGUAA